CAAAUAUGGUUGGAUUACUCAAUCCCAUUAAAUAUGGAGAAAAUUUUUAUGAUUUAUAUACUUUGAAUACAAGAAGGAAAUUACAAAAUGAUCGCAAACCCUUGGGUAAACGUAAGAAUAAGGAUAAAAAAUCCCCUCUCGCCAUAUUGGAUGGCAAUCCAGAUUUACGAGUUCUAAAUCAAUUGGAUCAACCGUUAAUUAAGGAACAACUUCUGCUGUGUCCAGCAUUUCCCGUGGCUCAUAUUGAGCUGCAACCAAAUGCCUCACAGUUUGCAGUAUUUUCAGCCAUCCGUUCCACGGUAUUGGAAGCUGAAACCAGACGUCUAUUAUUUUAUGAGCUGAGCGGUAAUGCCAGACAUUUACCAAAUCUAAACUCAUCAUGUUGCUUGAUUUGUGGAUCUUGUCUGUUAAAUAAUCAAUCUUCGGAAUGCUCUUGCCAAGCUCUGCAACAUGUUGCUGGUGGUGUCGGUGGGGCUGGAAAUGGCGCUGUUGUGGCCCAGGUGGCAGUGGCCGGUGUUGCUGGCGGUAAACGUUCCCGUCAAGAUUCAGCCAACAGUGAUGUCGAAUCCGAAUCUGAGGAAUGCAUUGAAAAGGAACCUAAAAUUGUCACAGUGCCCUUGAUUGUGGGUGCUGGCUUGCGAAGCCUUUUCGAAUUAAUAUCCGAGGCACGUCACAUACAACCCACCUUUUGUUCGAAGGCAUUGAAGGCUUUGUUGGACGUUAUCCAAGGUCAACAGCCGGAAUCAUUUAAACAUGAACCAGAGGAGUUAAUUAAUCCUUUGUAUGAUCUCUUAUUGGAUUUGGCCACAAUGAGUUCUACGGAAAAUGGUGGCAGUGAAGCUGAUUGGUCGGCGGUGGCCUGUUCAGCUUUGAUCGGGUUAUGUAUUGCUCGUGGCGAUACAGGGAAAAUGUUGAAAGCCAUUGCGGCCUUGAUCAUGUCACCGCGGCAUUUGUCAUUGCAACGCAUACAAAUGCCGUCGGUAUUGGGUAUGCUGCAACGUACGGUCAUCAGUGCGGCAUUGGCCAAACCAACCUGUCCGGAUUUUUAUACCAAAGGGGUGCCUGUUAACUCGCUAAUUGAUGAGUUUACCAUCAAAGCUCCCUUUGGCGGUUUCACUGAACCAGCUUUGGCUUCCGAUGGCACAUAUUUGUAUUUACUAUUGGGAGGGGCGCUUUUGAAAAUCGGCACUGGUUACAAUGGUUCAUACAAGGGCCAUAUCUACAUGCAAAAUGAUGAGUUUACCAAAGAGAAAACCGGUUGGCUGGGUUAUAGCAAUGGCCAGCUGUAUUAUCGUCGUAACUCCAAGCGGAAUGCCGAUCAUUUGCAUUUGGUUAAUACUGAAUUGCUGACCAUAAAGAGCAUGAAUCCAGUAAAUAUGUUACCCAUAAGAGAGGGUUUCAAUUACACCCUGUUUACUGAUGAAGAUUCCCUGAAUGCCAUAUGUACCAAUCGGGAUGAUUCCCUGGUGGUAAGACGCCUUAACAUUGGCCAUCAAAAUCGUACUGCUGCUGAUCGCGAUAAUAGCCUUCCCGUUGAAUUACCCCUGCAAUUGUCACGAAAACGUUUUCGCACCCUGGGCUAUGCCACAUUCGAGGAAGAAGUUCUCAACCAAAAUCAAAUUCUCAAAAUACAGGCAUCCUACAACAUUUUCGAACCCAAAAUACCCAACGAUGUGGACUUGCAGGAAAUCGUUUGCGGCAAGGAGUUCGGUUUGGUAUGCGCCAACAACGGCAAGGUCUACUACUAUGGCAAAUCAAGUGCCUUAGGUUUGAAAUCCGUGGGUCGUACACCUAUUAUGAAACUCACCGAAUUGAUUAUUUCGAAAAUAUCACGUAUUAUUCAUAUUGCUGUGGGCCAUGAUGGUAUCCAUGCCCUGCUGGUGAAUGAUGAUGGUACUGUAUAUUUUGCUGGCACCGCUCGUCGCGGUGAAGAUGGCGAUAUCUCGAAAAAUAGACGUCAACCCAAGGCUGUCAAACCGAAGAAGAUGACAAAAAUUGAGGGUCAUGUUAUUGUACAGGCGGCCUGUAAUAAUGGCACCUCGGCGUUUGUAACAAAGACUGGUAAAUUGAUAAUGUUCGGAAAGGAUACCGUCCAUUGUGAUGCUCAAGGUUUUGUAAGCGAUUUUGCCGAUCAACAUAUUCAGAAGGUGGCGCUGGGCAAAGCCCAUUGUGUGGCCUUAAAUGCCAAGGGUCAAGUGUUUACAUUCGGCCUCAAUAAUAAGGGACAGUGCGGUCAUGUUUAUAACAAGUCCAAGGACAGCAAUACGACAAGUGGUGGCAGUGGUAGUGAUGGAUCUGGAAGUUGCAUGGCUGGCUCGGGUGGUGGCGGUGCAAAAUCUCAAAAUAUGAAAAAAUUGAAAUUUGAUUUUUCGAAUUUAUGUGACUACGAUGAUCACACUGUGGUCCAAGGCCAGUGUCGGGUGUGUGUUGUGUGUAAGGAAUGUACGGGAUUUUCCAUUUCCUGUGUGUCCUCCUUGAAUGUGCCGCUGGAAGAGAGGGUGGCUGGAGCGACCUGUGCUUGUGGUCAUGGUGAUGCUGGCUGCUCUAAAUGUGGACUUUGUGCCUCUUGUAUUGCCGUACAGGAAUCCGAAAGUGUGUCAGAUGCCAAGGAUACAAAUAAGCAAUUGAAUCGUCAACGUUCGAAGAGCCUGAUAAUGCGUCGCAAGGACAAAAAGUCAUUGGAUGAUGCCAGUAGUCACACUGAAGAAAAUCCUCCUCGAGUUGCUCCCCUGGCCCCACAACUUCUGCAAAUGCCUUCAACAUCUCCGGUCGUCCAGGUGUCUUGUGGUCUACAUCACACAGUUGUUCUCACCCUCUCCGGUGAGGUGUAUGCCUUUGGUAGCAAUCAAUUUGGUCAAUUGGGUACGGGUGAUAUGCAGCCAGUUACUGGACCAGUACGCAUAAAUGUACCCGGCAAUGUAUGCCAAGUUGCUGCGGGUAGCAAUCAUACAGUGUUGUUAACCUAUAAGGGUUUGGUCUACACAUUUGGUAACUUCCAAAAGGGUCAAUUGGGUAGAUUACCACAUGAUUUCCAACAAAAGUCGGCGGGUAAUUCGCGGGAAGGUGAUAAAUCGAAUUUGGCUCAGACAUAUAGAGAAUCGUUUGUCAAUCACGAGGUAUUAACCGAUAAGCCAACUGUGGCCCAAAUGAUAUCACAGAGGCAGAAGAUUUUGUGGCAUUGUACUCCGGGAGUGGUGUUUGGCAUUGGUCCCAGCUUUGGUAAAAAGGCAACAUGGAUUGGAGCAAGUGGUGACCAAACCUUUAUAAAACUGGAUGAAUCGCUGAUUACCACACAAAUGCUACCAAAAAUGAAUGUGGCUGCCAAUAAGAAAACCAUUUUGAUGAUUCCCACCAUACCCUUGACAUUCAGUGCCAUCUCAAUAAAUCGCCGUGAUGGCAACUGUACCGCCCACUAUCACAAUCAAGUGGAUUUUGCAAAAAUGGAACAUUCAAAUAAACCCAAGCUUGUACCGGAGGUCAAUCAAAAUGUUGAUCAAAAUACUAUGACACCAACAUUGGGUGCACCGGCAUCAUCAUCAGCUGGCAAUGCAAUAAACGAACAAAUGUCCCGCAGCAUGCAUGAGGCCCGAAAUCAAAUGUUCGAUUUACAGGAUAAUAAUCAUGUCCAUCACAAUGCCUCGGGUAGUCAACGUAAAGAACGUAAUCGAGAAUAUGCAAAGGGUUGCCUCAAGAGUCCGUCGUCACCCAAAGCGGCAGCUUCAUCAUCCGCUGCUGCAAUUAAUGAUAAAACAUAUUCGAAAUUGGCAUUUGCAAUGGAUCCAAUGUAUGACAUAUUGUGGGUCUACGAUUGCAAUCAAAAGAAGGUGCUGAGCUACAAUGUCCUGGCCAGUGAGAUACAACAAUCGGGAAUGAACUCUUCGAAUUACAGAGCUUUGUUAACACCCGAAUUGUCAUUGCCGAAUAAAUUUGAUUCGAAAAUAUCUCGCUUGCAUGCUUCGCUUAAUCUAUUGGCAUGUUUGGAUGUGCUGACCUCCGCCCAGGAUGUUAUCCCCGCAUGUUUUGAGGACAUCUCACCAAAGGAGGAUAACCAAAGCAAAGAAUUAAAGGAUAAUCAGUACCAAGUCUGCAAUCGUUUUGAUAAUUUUGGCGGUGGUUGGGGUUAUUCCGGCCAUAGUGUGGAGGCAAUACGGUUCUCAGCCGAUACCGAUGUGAUGAUAUAUGGUUUUGGUAUGUUUGGUGGACGUGGUGAAUAUUCAUGCAAGCUGAAACUUUAUGAUAUGGGUUGCGACGGCGGUGGUUACGAAAAGGAAGGCACUCUCAUUAGUGAAACCAAGGAAAUCCCCUUCGAAUGUCCGGCACGCAGUAAAUAUCACAUUCUGUUACCCAAACCUGUUAGUAUAACAGCUGGUCGUUGGUAUUUGGUAUGGGCCCGUAUAGCCGGUCCUUCUUCAGAUUGCGGUUCAUGUGGACAGGCAACAGUGACCACAGAAGAUCAGGUUGUCUUCACUUUCAAAUCAUCGAAGAAAGCCAAUAAUGGCACUGAUGUUAACUCUGGUCAAAUACCCGCAAUACUCUACCGUUUAAUAACACAAGAGUCGAAACAACCUCCCGCUCCUGUAGAUGUGGAUCCAGUUAAAAGGGUGACAAAAGAAUUUGCCAACAGUGUUACCAAGGAAUGCUUCGAAAGUUUGGUAUUAAUGUUAAAUUGGUCAUGGGAGGCAUUCAAGGGUUAUCUGAGAGAACAACGUGAUAUGUCACAUCAGUUGCAGGUCAAACAAUCCCUGGAAUAUUUAAUACAUGUAAAUAAGUCAUGUUUGCGCCUGCUGAGGAAGUAUACCAAUGAAAUAUAUCCACAAUAUGGAACAUCAGAUGAAAUGGCCGAAUAUAUUGCAACAGCUUCUAAUACACAUAAAUCGAGAACGGAUAAGGAGGUUACGAAGUUCACCAAGCCCUCGAGUGGUUUGCUUACGAAAUAUUUUAAUGAUAAUACCAGUGGUGGAAAUGGCAUGUCCGGUUCCCAACAAUCGCCUAUGAAAAAAUCCAACAUGGAAAAUCUCCAAUUGGCAGAAUGUAUUGGCAAUGUUCGGGCCAUGCUUAUUGGCAUAUUCUGUGAUGACAUUUUCCAGGAUAUUAGCAGUGAUGAGGCUUUAGCCAUGGCCCUGGAAAUAUUGGAUGAAUGUCACAUAAGUUUUGUGGCUUGUUUUGGGGUAUUCUAUCCCACAUCGACAUUGAAAUGGAAUUGUUUGUGUGAUUUAUUAUCGGAAAUGGAUAAGCAAGGAACCUUACAUUCACGCCUGCUGAGUGCCAUUUUGGCUGGCCUCUGCUCACCCACGGUUAAAUUGCGAUCAACAUUCGCAUUGCUGAAUCAUGGUAAUGAACGUCAUUCGAUUGUAAGUCCUAGUGAUAAUUCUGGGCUGCCAAUGCUCUCAUCAACGGAUUCACAUCAAUAUCCAAUACUGGUGGAACAAAUGAUUUAUCGUACACAACAAGAGAAACGCGAUUUCCUUAGUAAUUCAUGGACAUUUAAGGAUGUGCUAAUGCGUUUGCUGGAUAUUAUAGCAAAUCCUAUACGAGAUCGUUUGGAAAAUAUCUACAAUAGAGGUGUACACUAUACAUAUUCGAGUAGCAGUUAUUGUGGCAAGGAUUUCAAUCAAGGACUUAUCGAUAAUUGUUGUCAUUUGUUGGCACGCGUUUUGGCCGAAAUCGUGUAUCAAACAGCGAUUGGUGAUUAUGACAAAAUGUUUGUACCACCACGCACCUUACACUCCUCGGGCUCUCGAUUUGCUCGCUGCGAUCAAAGUCGUACAUGGAAUACGGGUAGUUUUGGUCCUGACGCCAUUGCCUUCUCCGUCGAUCGUAGUGGUAUUGCAAUAGCCGGUUGUAUGGUUUAUACCGGAUCCGGCAGCUAUGAAUAUCAAUUGGAAUUGUUGUGCGAUACAUCGGGUGAGAUACAACAGCAACAACCGUUACAGCAGCAACAACACAAAUGGGAAACAUUAGAAUCGGUUUCGGGUACCUAUGAUCAAAGUGUGGUACAAAAUGAUAUGGCGGAGGUGAAAUUUGAAAGAUCCGUGUUGAUAAAGGAAAAUACCCGUUACGCAUUGAGGUUUUGUUCUCAAGGUCAUCGUACUUGUUCCGGAGAUGGUGGCUUGCCAUCGGUACGAGGUCCCUGCGGCACAACAUUCCAAUUAUAUGCCUGUGAUUUAAGUUUCAAUGGCACCAACGCUCAUCGUGGUCAAAUACCCUGUAUCCUUUAUUAUAGUACACCCAUAAAAUCCGAAUCUAGUGGAGGGGGAGCUUUUGGUUCGGGUUGUGCAGCGGGAGGUGCUUCCAAUGAUGUCUCAUUGUCCAAUGAGACCACAAUGCGUGACACGGCUCUACAAAUUGCUUCCGAUAUAACCAAAAAAUGUUCGGAGCUUUUGGUUCUGGCACGCAAUACUCUGGCUGCGUCGUUGUCACCGUCGGAUAACUCGUCGAAUCAUUCGCAGACCAUUGAUUCGGAACAUAAUAUUACUCCAAUUGAAGAACAUAUGGACAUAAAUUGGGCCAACAACUCCAGGACAUCACACUUGCCUGCCGAGGCAGGGGGCUUAUCGGCCGCUCGCGAUUUAUCCAAACGAUUAGAGUCAUUCUCAAAGGGUAUCAUCGAAACUUUGAAGUUUGAAAAACGUUCAACCAAUCCCUUUGAAAUGGAAAUUGAAAUUGGUGCUACAGAAAUACAUCCCAAGGAUUUGAUGAUUGAAGAGACGGCGGCCAUACAUGAUUUGAAUUUCCGUAAUGGUCAGAUCACAAAAUUCAAUGGCAACGAAAGGGUUGGUGCUGAGGCUGUGGAAAAUUUAAUGGGCGUUUCGGGACAAUUUAAUCCGGUGGCAAUGGCUCGUGCUGAUUCUGAGGAAACGCCGGGGCAAAUGGCGGCAUCACAUAUCUUGGAUGUUUUUAAUUUGGGCUCAUCGAAUUUGUUCCACACCCUGCUGCCACUUGUGUAUGCCCACAUUGCCAAUUUGGCUUGUAAUGAUGCCAAGAGUUCCGUACAAAUCUUGGGUUUGAUAAAGGAAAUUCUACCCCAUAUUGCUGCCCUCAAUCAAUUGAGUUCCACUCACAAAGAAACAACGGGAAUACACCACAACCAUUCCUCCUCACUGCCACGUUUGCGGCCCACCUUCGAAUUAUUCCACAAGAAAUUCGAUAUGGCCAAUGAGGCUUGCAGUAAUGCUUUGGUGACGGCCUCAACAUCCAAUCAAGCCACUCAUGAUCACAGUCCCACAAAUGAUAUACCCACCACGAGCAAUCAUUAUUGUGUCGUGGAAAGUGAACAUCCCUAUAGAAGUGCUUCCAUAAAUUGCUAUCGUGUUGAAUUUCCAUCAUGUGUCCAAUGGCUAACCAUCGAAUUUGAUCCUCAGUGUGGUACAGCCCAAAUGGAAGAUUAUCUUUUGGUAUCGGUACCAAUGCGACCAUUGGCCACUGCGGAAAUGUGUCAGGCCAAUGAAGAUUAUUAUGAUGCAUUGGAUAAUAAUAUAAAAUCGAAUCGUACUGCGGGUAAUAAUGGUGGACAGUGUAAAAAUGCCACACUCUUAACUUCAUGUUAUAAAACACCCAUGCAAAAGUUGGAAGCAAUGGAGGCUAAAAAUGAACCCGAUUGGUUUGUGGUGAAAAAGUUUAAUACAUCCUCUAACUGGCUACAAAAUGUCAUGAUUCUGCCCGGCAAUUGUGUGGAGUUUUCAUUGGAAACAUCUUCAUUGUAUGUCCAAGAUCCAAGAGUAAAUCGUUACGGUUUUAAAUGUUUGGUGGUGGGUUAUGAUAAUCCAGUUUUGUUAACCAAUAACAGUUCUUGCCUGGUACGCAUUGAACAGGAAUUAUCGUAUUUGGGUGGCAUGUGCAGCGGUAAUUUAAUGAAGAAAAAUUUAAGUUUGCCGGAUGACAAGGAUGUUGAAGAUCUCUCAACAAUAAGUGAAACGAUCAGUACUCACUUUGCAUUACUAUCAAAAGGUUUAGCCUUGGCGGAGCCGGACUUAACAAUACAUCAAGCAUUGGAAUCAUAUUUGCCAAUUGGGUAA